UACAAAUCUCCUGUCAAAAAAAAAAAACCCUAAACCUUUUAAGAUUCUCGUUAAACCUAGCUGUAGCAGCAAUCUCUCUCGUUUCUGAUCGGAGCCAUGAGCAAGUCUAGCAAGAAAUCAGACACCAAAGUUGAAGCUGCACCACCUGCUUCAAUGACAAAGCCACUCAAGAAAGGUAAGAGAGAUGCGGAACAGGAUUUGGACAUCCAAGUUUCGAAGAAGCAGAAGAAAGACUUGAUUGCUGCUGUUCAGAAGGAGAAAGCUGCGAAGAAAAUACCAAAGAAGGUAGAGACUAGCAGUUCUGACUCAUCUGAUUCUGAGGAAGAGCAGAAGAAGGAGAAAGCUGCGAAAAAAAUACCGAAGAAGGUAGAAACUAGCAGUUCUGACUCUUCUGAUUCUGAGGAAGAGCAGAAGGAGAAAGCUGCGAAAAAAAUACCGAAGAAGGUAGAAACUAGCAGUUCUGACUCUUCUGAUUCUGAGGAAGAGCAGAAGACUAAGAAGACUACUAAGAAAGUUACUGCAAAGGAACCUCCAUCUAAGCUGAAGGAUGACUCUUCUGAAGACGAUGAUGAUUCUUCUUCGGAUGAGGAACCUGCCCCUGCAAAGAAGCAACCUGAACCUCUAAAGAAAGACAAGGUAGAUAGCAGCUCAUCGGAGGAUGAUUCUUCUUCAGACGAGGAAACCGCCCCUGUGAAGAAGCAAACAGCAAAAGCUCUUAAGAGUUCAAAGGUCGAGAGCAGUUCAUCAGAGGAUGAUUCUGAGGAACCUGCCCCUGCAAAGACGCAACCUGUUAAGAAAGACAGCUCAUCCGAGGAUGAUUCUUCUUCAGAUGAGGAAACUGCCCCUGUGAAGAAGGUAGCGUCAGUUCCUAAGAAGGACAAGGCAGACAGCAGUUCAUCUGAUGAUGGAUCUUCAUCUGACGAGGAACCUGCCCCUGCAAAGAAGCAACCUGCAGGCCUUGAAAAACCCAAGGCAGAAAGCGGAUCAUCUGAUGACGAAACAUCUUCAGACGAGGAAUCUGCCCCUGUGAAGAAGCAACCUGCAGCCUCUAAGAAUGCCAAAGCAGCGAGCAGUUCAUCAGAAGGAGAAUCUUCUUCUGACGAGGAACUCACACCUGCCAAGAAGAAGCCAACAGUUAGUAAGAAAGCCAAAGCAGCUGCAAAAGAUUCAUCAUCCUCGGAGGACGAUUCUGAUGAGGAAAGUGAUGAUGAAAAACCUCCUACGAAGAAGGCUAAAGUUUCAUCAACAAAAACUUCUAAACAAGAAAGCUCCAGUGAUGAAUCUAGUGAGGAGUCUGAUGAGGAGGAGAGUGAAGAUGAGAAAGUGACCCCAAAGAAAAAGGAUUCUGAUAUUGAAAUGGUGGAUGCAGAGCAGAAAUCAAAUGCAAAACAGCCGAAGGCACCAACAAGUCAGGGAGGCUCAAAGACAUUAUUUGCUGGAAAUCUUCCCUAUGCAGUUACGAGAUCUGACAUAGAGAAUUUCUUCAAAGAAGCUGGUGAAGUUGUCGAUGUUAGAAUUGCUUCACAUGAAGAUGGGAGUCCUAAGGGAUAUGGGCAUGUUGAAUUCGUUUCUGCAGAAGCAGCUCAGAAGGCAAUGGAACUGAAUGGUAAACCCUUACUAGGCCGCGAUGUUCGUCUUGAUCUUGCUAACGAGAUUGGAAACAGAACUCCACGCAGCAAUCCUGUUUCCUAUGGAGUAGGAAGCCAAUUCCGAAAGCUUUAUGUUAGAGGAUUUGAUACUUCUCUUGGAGAAGAUGAACUCAAGGAUGCCUUUAGAAAUCACUUUAGUACUUGUGGAGAAGUGGGAAGGAUUUCUCUUCCAACUGAUCGUGAGAGUGGUGUCAUGAGGGGGAUGGCUUACGUAGAUAUGAAGAGUGGAUUCGAUGAGGCGUUGCAACUGAGCGGAAGUGAAAUGGGAGGAGGAUUUUUAACGGUGGAAGAGGCUAGACCAAGAGAUAGUGAUGGCAGUGGUUCAAAUGACAGACCUCCAAGGGACAAUGGUGGCCGUUUCUCGAAUAGAAGAGGUAGAGGACCACCUGGUAGAGGGCCACCUGGUAGAGGACGUGGCCGUUUCAGUAACGCUGGAAGAGGACCCAGCAAACCAAGUCUAACUGCAUCUGCCCAAGGGAAGAAGACCGUCUUUAAUGAUGAAGAGUAGAAAGCUUUUUUUAUGGUUGGAGAUGGCUCUUGUUUUUGUUCUAUCUUUUAUUUAGCUCUUUUUUUGGCAUUGGUUUAUUUUGUUUCCUAUUGAGAAAAGCAUGAAACUUUUAUUAUGUGAUGAGUUACUACUCUACUUAAGAUAUUUGUGUUGGCUUUUCUUAAACUAAGAGCACUUUGCUGCUUAAAAUUUUGAACUAAUCCUUUACCUUUA